UUCCCCAAUGCAUGCGUCACGUGACCUGAGCCAGCUCUGCCUCGCUCAGCAUCCAUCCUGCUGCUUUCUGGAGAUCUUCUUCUUGUCUUCGACACGCACGCAUCAGCCCUCCUCGACUCGGGUCUCUUGUCACCAACCAGCGGACGAUGCGGACCUGCAGGCACUUCUUUUUAGGAUGCCGCUGCUGCUCCUUAUAAAUGUGCCUUUCGGGGAAUCUUUUUUUUCUCUUUUUUUUUUUCUUUCUUUUUUUGGGGGGGAGAGGAAUGAUGUAAGGACCGUGUAAGCCGCUCGCAGAAGUCUCCCCACCACCCCCCCCCCUCCCCAAAACAUGCAGAAGGGAAUCCGGUUGAAUGAUGGCCAUGUCACCUACCUGGGGCUUUUGGCCAAGAAGGACGGCACGAGGAGGGGGUGCUUGAGCAAGAAGAGCUCGGACAACACCAAAUGGCACACAAAGUGGUUUGCGCUCUUGCAAAACAUGCUCUUUUAUUUCGAGAACGAGUCCAGCUCCCGGCCCUCUGGAUUGUACCUGUUGGAGGGAUGCAUAUGCGACAGGGCUCCUUCGCCCAAACCCUCGCUGUCGGCCAAGGAGUGUUUGGAGAAGCAGUAUUAUUUCACUGUCAGCUUCACCCACGAAAACCAAAAGGCGCUGGAGUUACGCACAGAAGACGUGAAGGACUGCGAUGAAUGGGUGGCUGCCAUAUCACACGCCAGUUACAGAAACUUGGCCACCGAGCACGAGACUCUCAUGCAGAAGUAUCUUCAUCUGCUUCAAAUUGUGGAGACGGAGAAAACGGUUGCUAAGCAACUUCGACAACAGAUAGAAGACGGGGAGAUCGAAAUCGAGAGGCUCAAGUCUGAGAUCUCUGGGCUGCUCAAAGAUAACGAGAAGAUCCACGCCAGUCCUGCAGCGGCCCCGACUGAUGACGACUCUGAAAUCAAGAAGAUCAAAAAGGUCCAGAGCUUCCUGCGAGGCUGGAUCUGCAGGAGGAAGUGGAAGACCAUCAUCCAGGAUUACAUCCGCUCACCGCACGCCGAGAGCAUGAGGAAGAGGAACCAGGUAGUGUUCAGCAUGUUGGAUUCGGAGGCCGAAUACGUGCAGCAGCUGCACAUCCUGGUCAACAACUUUCUGAGGCCGCUCCGCAUGGCUGCCAGCUCCAAGAAGCCGCCCAUCACCCAUGACGACGUCAGCAGUAUAUUCCUGAACAGUGAAACUAUCAUGUUUCUGCAUCAGAUCUUCUACCAGGGUUUAAAAGCCAGAAUAGCCAGCUGGCCAACGUUGGUACUGGCCGAUCUGUUCGACAUCCUGCUCCCCAUGCUGAACAUCUACCAGGAGUUUGUGAGGAACCAUCAGUACAGCCUGCAGAUCCUGGCCCACUGCAAGCAGAACCGAGACUUCGACAAGCUGCUGAAGCAGUACGAGGCCAAGCCGGACUGUGAGGAGAGAACUCUGGAGACCUUCCUCACCUAUCCCAUGUUUCAGAUACCCCGCUACAUCCUUACGCUUCAUGAGCUUCUGGCCCACACGCCCCAUGAACACAUAGAGAGGAACAGUCUGGACUACGCCAAAUCCAAGCUGGAGGAGCUUUCAAGAAUCAUGCAUGACGAAGUGAGCGAGACGGAGAACAUCAGAAAGAACCUGGCCAUAGAGCGCAUGAUCGUGGAGGGCUGUGAGAUCCUCCUGGACACCAGCCAGACCUUCGUGAGACAAGGCUCUCUCAUCCAGGUACCGAUGAGCGAGAAGGGCAAGAUCACCCGUGGGCGCCUGGGCUCUCUGUCUUUGAAGAAGGAGGGGGAGAGGCAGUGCUUCCUCUUCUCCAAGCAUUUAAUCAUCUGCACCAGAGGUUCUGGGGGAAAGCUUCAUCUCACCAAGAAUGGCGUGGUCUCCCUUAUAGACUGCACUCUUAUGGAGGACCCUGAGGGCACUGAUGACGAGUCCAAAUCCGACAAAGGCGUCCAGGACAUGGAGCACCUGGACUUCAAGAUUGUGGUGGAGCCAAAAGACAGUCAGUCGUUCACAGUCAUCCUGGUGGCGUCCUCCAGGCAGGAGAAGUCUGCGUGGACCAGUGACAUCAGCCAGUGCAUCGACAACAUCCGCUGCAAUGGCCUCAUGAUGAACGCCUUCGAGGACAACUCUAAAGUCACCGUCCCACAGAUGAUCAAGUCCGACUCCAGUCUAUACUGCGACGACGUGGACAUCCGCUUCAGUAAGAUGAUGAACUCCUGCAAGGUGCUGCAGAUCCGCUAUGCCAGCGUGGAACGUCUGCUAGAGAGGCUGACUGACCUGCGCUUCCUCUCCAUCGACUUCCUCAACACUUUCCUGCACUCUUACCGCGUGUUCACCACCGCCGACGUGGUGCUGGACAAACUCAUCACCAUUUACAAGAAGCCUAUCAGUGCCAUCCCUGCAAGGUCCCUGGAGUUGUUCUUUGCAAGCAGCCAGAAUAACAAACUCCUGUACGGAGAGCCACCCAGUUCCCCGAGGGCCAGCCGGAAGUUCUCCUCCCCUCCCCCUUUGGCCAUCGCCAAGAACUCGUCUCCGAACCGGCGACGCAAGCUGUCCCUCAACAUCCCCAUCAUCACCGGGGGAAAAGCUCUCGACCUGGCUGCCCUGAGCUGCUCCUCCAACGGCUAUGCAAGCAUGUACUCGACCGUGUCCCCCUUCAGCAAGACCACCUUGGACAUCAACAAACUCUACGUGUCCAGCCCCAUCGCCAGCAAAAUACCGGACGAGGGCGAGGACAAGAAGGACAAGGUGGAGGACACCUCAGUGUGCAAACAAGGUAAAACCAAACACACACAAUCGCCAUCAAACCUACUGACUUUAUUAUCGUCCGAUGAAGCAGAUCUGUCCGUGCGGGAAGAAAGUGACAACGACCAAAACCAGAGCGAUGACGCCGACCCGGAUGCCUCGCCCACAAAGUCGCCAACCACCCCGAAAAACAUCAAAUGCAAAAACUCCUCAGAGUUCUCUCUGUUCUCCUACAACAACGGCAUGGUGAUGUCCUCAUGUCGGGAGCUUGACAACAACCGCAGUGCGCUUUCCGCUGCCUCCGCUUUUGCCAUUGCUACAGCUGGAGCCAACGAGGGCACUCCCACCAAGGAGAAAUAUCGGCGGAUGUCUCUCGCCAGCUCAGGUUUUCCAACAGAUCAGAGAAACGGAGACAAAGAGUUUGUGAUCAGACGAGCGGCGACCAACAGAGUCUUGAAUGUUCUCAGACACUGGGUGUCCAAACACUCACCGGACUUUGAGAGCAAUAAUGAGUUGAAAACAAAGGUCAUCGCCUUCCUGGAGGAAGUGAUGCACGACCCUGAGCUACUAACCCAGGAGAGGAAAGCAGCCGCCAAUAUCAUCAGAACCCUCACUCAGGAUGAUCACUGUGACAAUCAGAUCGCCCUCGAAGACGUGACGCAACUUGUUAGUGAAGUGGGCCAAGGCAAAGCGGAGCCCUUUGAGAACCACUCGGCCUUGGAGGUUGCAGAGCAGCUCACCCUGCUGGACCAUCUGGUGUUCAAGGUCAUCCCAUACGAGGAAUUCUUCGGUCAAGGCUGGAUGAAGAACGACAAGAACGAGAAGACGCCGUACAUCAUGAGAACGACAAAGCACUUCAACGAUAUAAGCAACCUGAUCGCCACAGAGAUCUUGCGCUCGGACGACGUGGUCACCCGGGUGGCUGUGAUUGAGAAGUGGGUGGCGGUGGCGGACAUCUGCCGCUGUCUCCACAACUACAACGCCGUGCUUGAGAUCACCUCCUCCCUGAACAGAAGUUCUGUCUUCCGCCUCAAAAAGACCUGGCUCAAGGUGUCCAAGCAGACAAAAGCAUUGAUUGAUAAGCUUCAGAAGCUGGUUUCUUCAGAGGGAAGGUUCAAAAACCUGAGAGAAGCUCUGAAGAAUUGUGAUCCCCCGUGUGUGCCCUAUUUGGGCAUGUAUCUCACAGACUUGGCUUUCAUCGAGGAGGGAACUCCAAACUACACCGAAGACAAUUUGGUCAACUUUUCAAAAAUGAGGAUGAUUUCUCACAUCAUCAGAGAAAUACGUCAGUUUCAGCAAACAGCGUACAAGCUGGACCUUCACCCAAAGGUAGCCCAGUACCUGCUGGAUAGGAGCUGUGUCCUGGAUGAAGAGAGCAUGUACGAAGCCUCGCUCCGAAUUGAGCCCAAAGUGCCCAACUGAAGGGGGGGAGAAGGGGUUUACUCCCUCCAUGUUAUCUUCUCUGUUGAUAUUCCACAUUAUAUCAGUUCACAUGCACACACCCACUUUUACAUACAGUAGUUGUACAUGCUUACGAUAUUUGCUCUUCUGUACAGUAGAUGUUUACAAGGUGGUUUGAUAACACAGAACAUGUCUUUUGUUGUAUAGUUUUCCUUUGCAGCAUAAUAACCGAGGUCACUGAGGUUUGUCACAUUCAUGUCCGUGUGACCAAUGACAUUAUUCUGCUUUGUGUUUCAUCAACAAUUGUCUGCAGCUAAUGUAGCAUUGUAAAAACGGCAUCAAAUCAGGUAAAAAAUAAA